AUGAUCGCGGCCCAGGCCAAGCUGGUGUAUCAUUUGAAUAAAUACUACAAUGAGAAAUGCCAAGCCAGGAAAGCUGCAAUCGCCAAAACGAUCCGAGAAGUCUGCAAAGUGGUGUCGGACGUGCUGAAGGAGGUGGAGGUGCAGGAGCCUCGCUUCAUCAGUUCCUUGAACGAGAUGGACAAUCGCUACGAGGGGCUGGAAGUCAUCUCCCCCACGGAGUUUGAAGUCGUGCUGUAUCUGAACCAAAUGGGGGUUUUCAACUUCGUGGACGACGGCUCCUUGCCGGGCUGCGCUGUGUUAAAGUUAAGCGACGGGCGCAAGAGGAGCAUGUCCCUCUGGGUGGAGUUCAUCACGGCGUCUGGCUACCUCUCCGCUCGCAAAAUCCGGUCCAGAUUCCAGACUCUGGUGGCUCAAGCCGUGGAUAAGUGCAGUUACAGAGACGUGGUAAAGAUGGUAGCGGACACCAGCGAAGUGAAGCUGAGGAUCAGGGAUCGCUACGUCGUGCAGAUCACUCCAGCGUUCAAGUGCACGGGGAUCUGGCCGCGGAGUGCUGCACACUGGCCGCUUCCCCACAUCCCCUGGCCGGGACCCAACCGGGUGGCGGAGGUCAAGGCGGAAGGCUUCAACCUCUUGUCCAAGGAGUGCCACUCUCUGGCCGGCAAGCAGAGCUCUGCCGAGAGCGAUGCCUGGGUGCUGCAGUUCGCGGAAGCUGAGAACAGACUGCAGAUGGGCGGCUGCAGGAAGAAAUGCCUCUCCAUCCUCAAAACCUUACGGGACCGUCACCUGGAGCUGCCGGGCCAGCCCCUGAAUAAUUAUCACAUGAAAACUCUGGUUUCCUACGAAUGCGAAAAGCAUCCCCGGGAAUCGGACUGGGACGAGUCGUGCCUGGGGGACCGGCUCAACGGGAUUUUACUGCAGCUCAUCUCGUGCCUCCAGUGCAGGAGGUGCCCGCACUACUUCUUGCCCAACUUAGACCUCUUUCAGGGCAAACCUCACUCGGCCCUAGAAAACGCGGCCAAACAAACGUGGCGACUGGCUAGGGAAAUACUUACCAACCCGAAAAGUUUGGAGAAACUUUAGAGGGUAACUAUAAAACCGGCCUGACCGAUAAAUCUGCUAAUUUCCUGAUGAAGUUUAAGAUACCUGUUUGAAAAGUCAUAUAUUUCCACUUGACAAUGCAAAUAAUAUUCUCUUUUUAAAAGGAAUAUAGCUUAGCCUCUUCACAAAGAAAAGCAAAUGAGAACAGCAAGCAUCGUUCCUCUUCGUCACAGUUUUGCAGUUCCCCGCGGGGGAAAAACAAAAAGGAAAAAAAAAAAAGAGAGAGAGAAAAAGAAAGAAGAAAAGGAAAAUGUGCUACCUGGAAAGGAAAAUCGGCCGUAAUUUGAUUGUGACCAUUCUGCCUAAAAAACGGUACCAACGGAUUAUAACAAAACCCGGUAUUUUUAUGUAAACCUUCUGUGAGUAAAAGCUAUUUGGAUAU